CUUCACAUUCUCACAUACCCAGGUCCCAGAUACCAGUUUUCAAAGGCCCUUUAAUUAAAUCAUUGGAGUUUAUAAAUAUAUUAUAACCUCAUCACAAGCACAACCUCGCUAGACUUUACAUCUCUCUCUCUCCUAUACAUAUAUUGUCACCACUACUUUUGUCUCUUUAAUUUGGUUCUUCAUUGAUCAGAGCAUGUAGCCGUAUUUCUCAGUUGCUUCCUCAAUCAAAUCAGCAGUUUCAUUCAAAGUUGUACAAGUACAUAUAUAUUCUACUUGGAUCGAUCAUGUAAUUGCUGCAGCCAAGUAUCUAUGUGUGUUAUUAGCUCCUUGAUCAUCAAAUAAUGGCAACUUUGGUAACCUUUGCUCCAACAACUCCGUAGAGAAUUGAAUUAUAGAGAAGCUGUGUGUUCUUGCCUAUAUAUACAUACAGUAAUUCUACUUCAGAAGCCAAUAAUAAGCUUGGUACGUAGUUGCAAAGAAAGGCCAUGGAAGAAACAUUUGUACCGUUCCGGGGGAUUAAGAAUGACCUUAGGGGAAGAUUGAUGUGCUACAAGCAAGACUGGACUAGUGGCAUUAAAGCUGGCUUCAGGAUUUUGGCUCCCACCACUUACAUAUUUUUUGCUUCUGCAAUCCCAGUCAUUUCAUUCGGUGAACAACUGGAGAGAAACACUGAAGGAGUUUUGACGGCUGUUCAAACCUUGGCAUCCACAGCGCUAUGUGGGAUUAUACACUCAAUCAUUGGUGGCCAACCUUUGCUGAUUUUAGGAGUGGCAGAGCCUACUGUCAUCAUGUACACAUUCCUGUUCAAUUUCGCUAAAGAAAGGCCUGACCUUGGUCGUAAUCUCUUUUUAGCCUGGACUGGAUGGAUUUGUGUUUGGACUGCAUUUCUGCUGUUCAUGCUGGCUAUUUUGGGAGCUUGUUCAAUCAUCAAUCGGUUCACCCGUGUUGCUGGAGAGUUAUUCGGUCUCCUUAUAGCCAUGCUCUUUAUGCAGCAAGCUAUUAAAGGAAUUGUGGACGAGUUUCGCAUACCAAAGAGAGAAAAUCCUAACUCACCACAGUUUGUACCUUCAUGGAGAUUUUCAAAUGGAAUGUUUGCUUUAGUUCUCUCCUUUGGCCUUUUGCUCACUGCAUUAAGAAGUCGAAAAGCAAGGUCAUGGCGAUAUGGUUCUGGUUGGAUUAGAAGCCUUGUAGCAGACUAUGGUGUGCCACUAAUGGUUCUAGUGUGGACAGCAGUAUCAUACAUACCAUCUAGCAGUGUCCCAAAAGGGAUCCCCAGGCGGCUCUUUAGUCCUAAUCCAUGGUCUCCCGGUGCAUAUGAUAACUGGACUGUGAUUAAGGACAUGCUCGAAGUCCCAGUCAUCUAUAUCAUAGGAGCAUUCAUUCCAGCAACGAUGAUUGCAGUGCUUUACUACUUUGACCAUAGCGUAGCCUCACAGCUUGCUCAGCAGAAUGAGUUCAAUUUGAGAAAGCCUUCUUCUUACCAUUAUGACUUACUUCUCUUAGGAUUUCUGACUUUACUGUGUGGUCUGAUUGGAGUGCCUCCAUCAAAUGGAGUCAUCCCACAGUCCCCAAUGCAUACCAAGAGUUUAGCUACUCUCAAACACCAGUUGCUUCGUAACAGACUUGUUGACACAGCACGUAGAAGUAUUAGGAAAAAUGCUAGUUUAGGACAGCUUUACGGUAAUAUGCAAGAAGCAUAUCAACAAAUGCAGACCCCUCUGAUUUAUCAGCAGUCCUCAGUUCGGGGAUUGAAUGAGUUAAAAGAAACGACAAUUAGUGCAGCCUCAAGCAUGGGAAACAUUGAUGCCCCAGUAGACGAGACAAUUUUCGAUGUGGAGAAAGAGAUAGAUGAUCUGUUGCCAGUUGAAGUGAAAGAACAGCGUGUGAGUAACUUGCUCCAGGCUACAAUGGUGGGAGGAUGUGUGGCGGCCAUGCCUGUCCUCAAAAUGAUCCCCACCUCAGUCCUCUGGGGCUACUUUGCUUUCAUGGCCAUUGAAAGCUUGCCCGGUAACCAGUUCUGGGAAAGGAUCUUAUUACUCUUCACCGCACCAAGCAGAAGAUUCAAGGUGCUUGAGGAUUACCACGCAUCAUUCGUGGAAACGGUGCCGUUUAAGACAAUAGCAACAUUCACAAUUUUCCAAACAGUGUAUUUGCUGAUAUGUUUCGGCCUGACAUGGGUCCCAAUCGCGGGACUCAUGUUCCCACUAAUGAUUAUGCUUUUGGUUCCGGUAAGACAAUACUGCCUCCCCAAGUUUUUCAAAGGAAUUCAUCUCCAAGACCUCGACGCCGCCGAGUACGAAGAGGCACCAGCUUUGCCAUAUAAUAUCGCCACGGGAUCAGAGAUAGGCGCGGGUGCUUCAUACGUAGGAGAUGCUGAGAUUUUAGACGAAGUUAUGACCCGAAGCCGAGGUGAGUUCAGGCGCACGAGCAGCUCUAAACUGACGAGCUCCGCAUCGACGCCGGCCAACAAUAAUGCACCGAGAGCAUUCGAGAGCCCGAGCCAGCUGGCGCAUGGCUAUAGUCCUCGCGCAAUGAGCGAGAUGAGAGGAGAGCCAAGCCCACGUGCCGGCGGACGAGGAGGAACGGGGUUGAGUCCAAGGCCAUCUAAUCUGGGCAAGAGCCCUCUCAGCAGUAGCACCACGCCAAAACAGUAGCCGCACUUUGUUCAAAUUUAGAGGUUUUGGUAAAUCUAAUAAGGGGGGCCAUGGGCUAAGCAGCUUGCAUUAUUGUCGUUUUCUUUAGUUUUGUGGUUUUGUUACGUCGAAUGAUGAUGACUUCAUUGUAAAAAGUCCUUUGUUGUAACUAAUAAUUAAUUUAAUGUAAUAGUGCUAUGUGUGAAUGUUGGAAGAA